UUUUCAUGAUGAAAUAAAUUUAAAUGUGUUCUCAUCAAGAAGACUAGAAACCACAAAAAACAAAACGUCAACAAUAUAUCCACGUGUCUUUUGUUGACAAUGGCAACUAGUAAGGUUAUAGCCUCAAUAUUUCGGUCUCGUAAUUGUUUAAUUACUGGAAAUAGUAAAUUAGGAUUUAUCAAAACAAUUACUUCAAAACAAUGCAAUGAAUUUCAAAGACAAUUUGCAACACUUACAUGUGGCCCUAGAACAUCAUCAAUAUUUAUUCAAAACAAAUAUAUUAAAAAUAUUCGACAAUUUCAUGUGUCAAAUAGUCUGGGUGCACCUAGAAAAAAUUACUAUAAAAUUCUUGGAGUGAAAAAAAAUGCUUCAUCAAAGGAUAUAAAAGCAGCAUAUUAUCAAUUGGCUAAAAAAUAUCAUCCUGAUAUAAAUAAAAAUGAUCCUGAUGCUGAAAAAAAAUUUAAAGCAUUAUCUGAAGCUUAUGAAGUGUUGAGUGAUGAUUAUAAAAGAACAAAAUAUGAUGAUUUGGGUAGAACAUCAAAUCAUUAUUCAAAAUCAGAAUAUGAUAAUUCGGGUAAAACAUGGAAUAAUUAUACAAAUUCAGGAAACUAUUAUUCGCGGGGAACCCAAAAUAAUACUUAUGAAAGUUCUGACUCAUGGGAUGGAUAUCAUCACUUGACUAAGUGGAUUUUGGCCUUUGGAAAAUUUCUUCUUUUCGCAGUACCAGCGUAUUUGAUUUUCUAUUGUGUUCGUCGUAUGGAUACAGAAAGUAGAAUCGCACUCUUAAGGUUGUUGGCAUUACUUCAGGAAGAUCCAGCCACGAGAAGGGCCUUGUUGUUGAUCGCAAAAAGGCUUGAAGAUGAAUUAAAUUUAAAAAAAAAAAAAUCAAAAUUAUCUGAAGCUCAUGAAGUGUUGAGUGAUGAUUAUAAAAGAACACAGUAUGAUAAUUCGCGUAGAAAAUCAAAUGAUUAUACAAAAUCAGAAUAUGAUAAUUCGGGUAGAACAUCAAAUCAUCAUACAAACACAGGAUAUCAUCAUUCGUGGAAAACCCAAGAAUAUGGUUAUGAUGGUUGUGAUCCAACAUCUAUACGAUGGCCAAGUGCUGAUUCAUCUGGUGUAUCUCAUAUUAAAAAUAUUCGACUAUUCCAUUAG